AUGGGCAGAGUUGGAACUUGGCUCCUGACUUUGACUGGACUUUUGCAGGCAGCCUCCGCCGAGACCUUCGCAGGUGGCUGUUCUUUUGAUGAACCAUUUACCUCAUGUGGAUAUAGUCAGUCUGAUGAUGAUGAUCUUAAUUGGGAUCAAGUCAACACACUACUAAAGCCUUCAUCAGAUCCUUGGAUGCCCACAGGGUCUUUCAUGCUUGUGAACACCUCUGGAAGGAUUGGACAAAGAGCUCAUCUUUUGCUACCGCACCUUAAAGAAAACGAUACUCACUGCAUCGAUUUUAACUUUUAUGUUUCCAGCAAGAGUGGGUCCAAUCCUGGUGUACUAAAUGUUUAUGUGAAAGUCAACAAUGGUCCACUUGGUAGCCCAGUAUGGAAUAUGUCUGGGGCUCCAAUAGGAACCUGGAACAGGGUAGAAUUGGCAAUCAGCACCUUUUGGCCAAAUUUCUAUCAGGUAGUUUUUGAAGUAAUCACAUCUGGUCACCAAGGAUACCUGGCUAUUGAUGAUGUGAAAGUUUUAGGACAUCCAUGCACCAGCACACCCCAUUUUCUGCGUGUCCAGAGUGUAGAAGUCAAUGCUGGCCAGUUUGCUACCUUCCAGUGCACUGCCAAUGGCAGAACGGUUCAAGGCAAUAGGCUUUGGCUACAGGGUCUGCUUGUACGAGAUGCACCUCUGAAGGACAUGAAAAUUUUCAAUGAUCGACGAUUUGUAGCUUCCUUCAGUGUGGUGAAUGCUACCAAACGGGAUGCAGGCAAUUACCGGUGUAUGAUUCGCACAGAAGGAGGAGUAGGAGUGUCAAAUUAUGCGGAAUUGAUUGUGAAAGAGCCACCUGUUCCCAUUGCACCACCUCAGCUAUCAUCAGUUGGUGCAACCUAUUUAUGGAUACAAUUGAAUGCUAAUUCCAUCAAUGGAGAUGGGCCCAUCAUUGUGAGAGAAGUAGAAUAUCGCACCUCCAGUGGAAAUUGGUAUGAUAAACAACCGGUAGACUCCACAAGCUAUAAAAUUGGACAUCUUGACCCUGAUACAGAAUAUGAAAUUAGUGUGUUGCUUACCAGACCAGGUGAAGGAGGUACUGGAUCCCCUGGACCAGCUCUUAAAACAAGAACAAAAUGUGCUGGUGAGUACAUUGAGGUAGUUAUAUUUUGAAUGAUGUAUUCUGUCUUUAAAAUGCAGUAUUUUUGACAUUUUGGGUUAAAACUGUUAUGCAGCUCCAGAAAGUGUAACUUCCACAGACACCCUUUUCCCC